UGGGCGAUAAUGGUCGUCCUCCUGGUUCCUCAGGAGAGACGGACGAGUCACGCACCGUGAUAGCGUCCCAUGAAAAUCUGACAACGAAAGCGAAACCACCGCGUCGCGCGCCGCCCGCCGCCCUCGUGGCCAAUUAUCCUCAUGGCUGGUGGGCUCCGUGACCAGCUGAAGCAGGCGGUGGUGUACCAGGUGAACGGCUAUAUAUUCCAGAAGUCUUCUUCGUGUCGUUCAGUUUCUCCGACGUCUACGCGACCAUUGGGCACCGUCACUUUCUCCCGUUCCUUCAAGAUGAUGUUCAACGCGCGAAGUCUGAUCGUCUUGCUGGUAUCUUCGGUUGUGUUCGUCAACGGCAGUCCAAAAUACGACGAUGGAGGAUUCGUGCCAAGCUCCAUGAUCUUCUUGGAAAGGGACCCGAAGACCCAGGAUCAGCUGGCCAUGCCAUCGCAGGUGGAUCCAAGGAGUGAAACGAAACGCAGCGAGUCGACCGCGAAUGAUAUCACGGAUCGGAAUCAAGAGCCCAGAUUUGGGUUCACGAGCGUCGGUACCACAGGGACCGGUUACGGGGUGUCCUCGUAUGCUCCCGCGAAGAUCGACCUAGGUGGGCUGGUUUUGGGGGCCAUUAUAGGGGUAGGUUCCAUCCUGAUCAUCCCCAAACUGCUGUACGUGCUCUCUGGCACCUAUGGCCAGUACGCAAGAAGCGAAGAGAGCGGUGUUUCUCAGAUAGUGACGAAGCUGGACGACAUCAUGACCCGGCACGGGAUAGACACCACGUCCUGCAUGCAGCGGGCUGUGUGCACCUACUCGCAGCAGGCUGCCACGUCUAUGAAGGAGGCGAACAGGUUAAACGACGAAGAGCAAGUGUCGUCGUUCGAUCGCAUGAUCGACACGAUAACAACGAACCAGGUUUUCCGCACCGCGAUGGACGGAACCGCGAUCCAGGAAGCGGUGGAAGCUGGGAGAUCUGGCCGCAGUUGUCCACGCGUGUAUCCUCAUUGCGGCUUUUCCAUGGAGACUAUGCUGUCGUUGUUGUCAAACGUGAUCACCGCGGCAACUAGCGCCAACACGGGAUCGACGACAGCCCCUAGUGGGCCUGGACCAGUCUAACUCUGAAACAGACCAGAUAAAUCGGUAGAAACUUUCCGGGCAAACGCAGGAGCUUAAAAGUUGCAUACCUUAGGGGCUUCGGAAGGUCGUCCGAUUAACACACUCGGUGGCUGGUCUUUAUGCUUUUUUUUUUAAGAACAGGUUACGAUGUAUCUUACAUAUCCUUCUUGGCGUCUAUUGUUACACUGUUGGAGGUCGUUCAAAAAUUGUUCUUUUGAAGUUUUCUAGUCGCAGAAAUCGAAUAUGUUCUCUAUCAUAUCGUCCAGAAAAAUCAAAACAAUAAUGGAAGAAAAUGCAGCAAAGACUUGCGCCGAAGAAUGCGGAUGAAACAAAAGCACAUCGUGUCAGCCGUAUUAAAAAUCGUUUCUUUGAUCGGAGUGUCCUCUCCUCUUUUGCUUCUUGUGUUUGUGUCCCGUGAAAGUGUCUAACGUGUACGAUAUCGCAAUGGGGAGCACCUGAACGCCAUAGAACGAAGCUAAGAGUGUUGUUUACGAUUCCAUUUCAAUUAGUCGCUAGAUAGGGAUUGACCAGUUCCUGAUGGAAUCACGUAGUUUUUUUUUUAGGACCGCAGGUGGUCGGAGGAAACGUUUGAUUCAAACGCUGGACUCGCAACGUGUCUUUUUAUGUUCUCUUAUAUUUCGUUUGUUACAUGCGUCGUCGAUUCCAAUGGAAUUGUUGAGCCGAUACCACGUAGUGACAAUAUUCUCUCGACGUGAACAAGUUUUGCGUCGACGAAUCGAGCCGUACAGAGCAAAAUGAUGACCGUAAUCUUCUCGUAUGCGCGCUCGGUAUACUCGUAGACUAUACAUAGAUGAUAACAGAGAAAAAGGAACUCUAGUUUGUUAUAGUUUCUCUUUCAUCGACUGUACUUCGACGAUCGUCGCGUUUGAACAUUGUAGGCACAUUCUAAAUUAAUGUCUCCUCUCUUUAACGCUAUUCUUCUCGAUUUAGGGUACCGUUCACAAUUAUUGGAAAGACUCGAAGAACGUAAUGUCGUACUUGAAAGACGAGAUAAAAAUGAUUCAAUUCCAAAUGGUUGUCGCUACAAUAAACAUAAGAUAAUAUAAUUUCCGAUUAUUGCCUGAAAAAGAAAUGUUGACAUUCCUGGAAGUAAUUUGAUCAAUAUUUUUACUAAUUCUCAUUUCCUGCGUUUUAUAAUUUGUUCUCUGCUUUUACAGAGCGCAGUGUUCCUCGUCUAACUCUCGUCCCUUAAAUUUAAAACACAUCCCAUUGUAAUUGUUAAAGCUAGAGCUAAAGCUUAGAGUUUAAAAUAAAAAAUGUAAGACGUCGAUGCUUCAAUUUUUAAUAGAUACAACCGCCGUCGUUCUAAUAAUUGUAAGAGGUGCCGUAAACAGACGCAACAAUCUUUAAGAGCGUAUAGAAAUAUAUAUCGAUCGUUCGCGAUCCACAAUCCACGUGCGAGGUGUCCAUUCCAUAGAGAAGUGAAACGAACAUCGUUAAGACCAACACCGAGCAACGUGUUUCUAAAUCACCAACAUUCGACUCGUCAUCGAAAUCCCAAGAGAUACCUUGAGCGAUCAACGGGUAAUUCGAUCGUAAAGCUUCAUGAUGUUAUAUGGAAAAAUAGUGAAUACUCUCUAUACAUGUA